AUGGCGGUUGAUUGUCAGCCUAGUCAGCCUACUUAUGAUUUAUGUUGUCUCCAGAGAGAGACGUUAAAAUUGAUUCCAAAGUUCUUCCAUGAACUCAACAGAUUCGCGUAUGACGAACUGUUUUGUAAUUUCAAGUACCGAGAACAAUUAUCAUGGUCAGAGUACUUGAGACUGGAAAAUGGUGUGAAAGAAGCGAUUAAAGAUUAUAUUUGA